AUGUCGAUACCGGGGCUUGGUCAAGCUGUUCAUGCUGCUAGAACUGCAGCACCAGCAGCCGUUGCGCAUACGAAUAUUCAUGAGCUUCAAGCUAACUCGGAAUGGCGCUUCGAAGUCGCGAUCGGGGCGAGUAUUGAAGUCAAGGUCCUCUCCGGCACCGCAGAAAUCUUCGGCACAGAACUCGCAGUCAACCACACAUACACAUUCCACGGCACCAAAUCCUCCAUCUACACCUGGCACGGCUGUCGACUCGAAGUAAACGGAGCGUGCGAGGAAUACACCGCGGAGGAAACCCCCAUGAUCUCCUACAUCAACACGCAUUUCGCGCUGGAGAACUUGCGAUCCGACGCUAAGAAAGCAGGACAGGAUGGCCCGCGUGUGAUCAUCGUCGGACCUAAUAAUACAGGGAAGACCAGCUUGGCGAAACUGCUCACCGCGUAUGCGAUUCGUAUGGGGCGCCAACCAAUCGUCGUGAAUACGGAUUCGCGCGAGGGAAUGCUGAGUAUACCGGGGAGUUUGACGGCGGCGGCGUUCAAGAGUAUUGUGGAUGUGGAGGAGGGGUGGGGGAGUAGUUCAACUAGCGGGCCGAGUCCCGUGCCGGUGAAGCUGCCGUUGUGUUAUUACUAUGGACUUCCGAGUCCGGAAGAUAAUGUGAAGUUGUUUAAGCCGGUGGUCACGAGGCUGGCGUUGGCGGCGACGAGUAGGCUGCAGGAUGAUGCAGUGUGUAGGGAGACGGGCAUGAUUAUUGACACGCCGGGGGUGAUUAGUCAGGGGAAGGGAGGGUAUGAUUUGAUUUCACAUAUCGUGUCGGAGUUUGCAGUCAAUGUUAUUCUGGUCUUAGGCUCGGAACGUUUACACAGUGAAAUGUUGCGGCGAUUCUCAACCCAAAAGACUGAUAACGGAGAAGCCAUUACUCUCGUCAGAUUAGACAAGUCAGGAGGUUGUGUCGAUAGAGAUGAUACAUUCAUGCAACAAAUGCGGGAAGCAACUAUCAAGGAAUACUUUUUCGGAGACGCAAAAAGGACCUUGAGUCCGCACACACAACUUGUUAAUUUCGACGAGCUUUCGAUUUAUAAAGUCAAAGAAGCACACUCGAUGCAAAGUGCAUUUUUGCCCGGAGGAGAAGAAGAAGCCGAACCCACACAAUAUGAAAAGGUAGAGCCAACACCCUCGAUGUUGCAUUGCAUAUUCGCUGUCAUGCACGCAUCGACUCGCGAUUCUCAGGAUACUAUUCGAGAUGCGAGUGUCAUGGGCUUUGUAUAUGUAGCAGAAGCCGAUGAGAAGAAGAAGAGAAUGAAAAUUCUGGCACCGCUUAAUACGAGAGUCACGGAUAGACCAUUGAUUUGGGGUAGCUGGCCUGAAGCCCCAGUAAACUUGAUGGGAUAA